GAUAUUUCUAUAUCUUGAUUUAGAAAGCAUUCUAAACUUAUCUUGAUACAAUUUUAUCUUAUUUAUUUAAACAAGACGAUAACUUAAAUAUUAUUUAUUGAACCUAUUUAUGCCUUUUUUAGCAUCUUUAAUAUGUGUAAUGUAAGCGCCAGUCUUAAUUGUGUAAGUAUCACUAAGCCUUCAAAUAUUCACUCGUAAAUCACCCAAAGGAAAAUCAAGAUCUAACUUCUAUCACAAGUUCAUCUAGUUGCCUUUUUGUAUUUUGUAUUUUUUUUUUGGUUAUUCUGGAAAUUGAAAUAAUGGACCUGUGGCACCUGUCUGGUUAUGAGGCCAGAAACUGUUGUCAAGAGCUUGUCAAUAUCUUGAUUUCAAAGUAUUUCUGUUUUAGAAAAUAACAAGGGAUACAUUUUUAUUGAUUCCAAAAGGUUAUUUUUCAUUAUCAAAAAAAGAAAAUAAAUUUUCUUCUCUAACCAAAAAAAAAAAAAAAAAGAAAAUAUUUUUUUUCAUACGCAUGAGAUUAUUCAGAACAGGCAUUGAAUCAGUAGGAUGAUACGAAAAAAAUGCUUGCCAUUGUUAUUGUUUCUAGAAAGUUUUUGAUGUCUGGUUGACAAUUAUAAACAUUCAUUUAUUAAUUCAAUAAACGAAAUAAUUUUAAUUUUUUCUUUGCUCUCAAUUAAAAUUAAUUAGAGCAUACUACUAAUUGCUGAGUUCUUAGUGAUUCAAGAGAAAUAUGAUACACUCCUUGUGUCUUGUUUUUCACAUCCUUAACUUUUAUCUCAGGAAUCAUUCAUGAAACUACCAAAUUGUAAAUGGUUUUCUAACAUUACGUGAAGUCAUAUUUGAGGUAAUGUGGGAAUGAGAUUGCACUUUAUAAUGCCAACUGGGACUAUUGAGUGUUUUUGGACUGGAAAGUCUCUAGAAGAGAUUUAUACAAUAUUGAUAUGUGUAAUAAAUAUACAAACAUUUUGUAUUUUGACUUUCCCUUUCGUGAGAUGGUUUAAUCCUCUCCAUAGCAUAGAAAGGCCAUACCCCUUAAUUAAUAGGAAGCUGACUUUAGACCUUUAAUUUGACUUUAUAAUAUAAUAUAUUUAUCUUGUAUGUAUAGCAAUGGAAGUCUCUGCCCGCAUCCUUCUCUUCUCUAUUAGUUUAGUCCCUAGUGGCUUUUAUUGACCAUGACAAUGUUGCCAUUUCGAGUCCACCCCUUGGAGUAAUUCAUAUUACGUUGUUAGAAUGGUUAAAAUAUAUAUAUAUAUCAUUGAGGGGGCAGUCCAAUUGAAUCUAGCUAGGAGGUGUAUCCCUUUUGAAUCUCUCUUAGUAGUCUGGUCAUUUGAGAUUUAUUAGUUCUAUUUAGCAUGUAAUUAUCACUAUAAGGUAGCAGGAACUUUUUUUCUUUUUUUAUUUGUGUUAAAAGCCUUGUAAGAACAUUAUUGGUACUCGAGUAUGUUAAAAGCCUAAUAUGAAUAUAUUAUUGAUUUUAGAAUCCUUUGUCCUUUUUAUACUUUUAAAUGUAAUAUUCAUUUACAAAAAUAAAAAAAGAGUCAAAAGUGACUUUUUACCGUAAUCCAAGCAAUUUAACCCAAUCAAACAACAUAAAAUUAUUCUUGUUUCAAAUGAUUUUAGUGUAGGCAAAGGUUUUCAUAUUUGGAUAAUGUUUUUAGAUGUAAUUUUUUAUUAAUUAAUACGAGAUUAUAGCUUGGAAUUUGCUUUUGACAGUGAAUAUGAUUAUUAUGAAUCACAAGACGAAAUUAAAGGUAAGCGUGUGUGUAUAUAUAUAGAGCUCUUGUUAUAGGGAUAUUGGAUGACGCACGCCCUGCAGGAUCACGCAGUCAGAUUGAUUGUUUUUAAGUCUUGGUGAUAUGUAUGUAUAUCAAUGAUGUGAAUGCGUUGUAGUUGUCAGGCGAGGCGGUGAUACCUUGGCGGUGCGUUGUCACGACGGCGACCUGACGGAGACAAAAGUACGUGUAAUUUCAUCGCUAUAGACCUGGUCACAGAUUCUAUUGGAUUCCGUGAUUUACCUCUAUUACAAAAAUCUUGAGACUGAACUGUAGGAGGCUCUUAAGGUGAGAGAUUUCACCUUUUGAUCCCAACAAAAAAAAAUCAACUCUAGGUCAUUUUAUUUAAUUAGGAUCCUUCACAGUCAAUUAAUUAAUCUCCUAGACAACAAUAAUAUAUUAUUUUUUUUUUAUUUUCAUCUUAUUUUUUAUAAGAUUUAUAUAUUUAAUAUCUAAAGUAAAUAUGUUGUUUAGUCGUCUUAUACUUCUUUUACUAACUAUCAAUUCCUUUUCGUUAAUUCUUCUCAUAAGGGAUUUGUUAUUUCCUUAUUUAAUAAAGCCAUUUUAAUUAUGUAUCCUGCAUAAUAUUUUUAAUAGAAAUCAUUCCAAUAACUUUACUAUCAUGUAAUUUUUUUAAUUUAGCUACAAUAUAAAAUUUAUAUAAAGUAAUUUAACUUAUUAAUGAUUAUAUGGAGAACAGAAAUAUAUAUUCAAUAUUAAAAAAGUCAAUAUAAAGUCAGAACAAUGAUAUUUUUAUGUAAGAAUUUUACAAAAAUACCUUCUUCUGAGAAGAUUCUGGUGGAAGUUAAAAGUACAUGUAUUAACUAAUUAAAAAAACAAAAAAAAAUCAUUCAUUUUUCUUAAUUUUUUUAUGGCUGACAUACAUUUUCCGAAUGAUUGAUGUUUUCUCUAACCUCUAGAAGCUAAGACCAAAAGAAGGGAGAAAGGAAGAAAAGGCCGUGUUUUGCCCAAAUAGGAAAAAAUCCCAAAAGAAGUAAAUACCUGAGGCCACUAUUUAUAACAGCCGCGAGACACCCACAGUCUCUGUCCCUGCAAUUUGUACUUAGCCUUCCGAAAAAGGCAGCCAUGAUCAUCAUCUUCCCUUCCCCCGCGGCCACCGACCUUCUAAUUUCCAUCUAUUAUUAACAGUAGAUAGAGAGAGAGAGAGAGAGAGAGAGAGAGAUGAGGGGAAGAUCUUCACGGCAAGCUGGAAGCGUCAACGGCGGAAUGGAUCAUCAGAUUGCCAAAAUUGAAAAGCUCAAGGAUGAACAGCCCCAUCUCUCCGGCGCCUACAUCCGCAGCCUCGUCAAGCAGCUAACCUCUUCCAGAACCACCAAGGACCCCGCUAGCCCCGGCCGCGACGGCGACUCCUCAUUCCCUUCCGCUGAGGCGCAGCCAUCGCCGCCGCCGCCCCAACCGCACAAGAAGCAAGUUCGUCGGAGGCUUCACACCACCCGGCCUUACCAGGAAAGGCUCCUGAACAUGGCCGAGGCCAGGCGGGAGAUCGUCACAGCUCUCAAGUUCCAUAGAGCGGCAAUGAAACAAGCUAACCAACAACAGCAGCAGCCGCCGCCGCCGCCGCCGUCACAAGCGCCGCCACCCCCAUCGGCAGUACAACAAGGAAAAUUAAACUACUUAGAAAACUUCCCCUACUCAACCGCUCCAUGUUGCUCUCCCCAAAAUCCUUACUCCUGGCCGGCGGCCGUUCCUCAGAUUCCUCCUCCGGCAAUCGCCGAUAACCUCAAUAACCUGCCACUUCCGGACCAAACCCUGGGCCUGAACCUCAAUUUCCACGACUUCAACAACCUGGAAACCAGUACUCUUUACCUUAACAGUAACAACCCGUUAAUCUACUCACCCUCCUUGUCCCCAUCACCGUCAUCGUCAUCGGCGGCUGCGGCGGCGUCUCUUACCGUCGACGAUGUUGCAGAGCCCAGAGGCGUAGGUUUGCACGCUGCAAUGGACGACGAGGAGAUGGCGGAGAUCAGGUCGAUCGGAGAAAAGCAUCAGAUGGAGUGGAACGACACCAUGAAUUUGGUGACGUCGGCGUGGUGGUUCAAGUUCUUGAAGAAUUCGGAAAUUGGGGAGGAGCAGAAAGAGAAAGGUGAAGAUCAAGAACAAGAAACAGAAACGGACGGGUAUCGGCCGUUUGAGGAAGCGGUGGAAUUUCCGGCGUGGAUGAAUAUUGUAAACGACGACGGCUACUGCUUGCACCAGCGUUAUUCCAAUGAUCACUGCUUGGAUGACGACUUGCAAGAUCCUGCUUUGCCAUGUGUCGAUAUCGGAGAGAUUGAAGGGAUGGACGCAGAAUGGUUAGCCUGAGAGUGAUUUUUAUUUUAUUUCUUUUGAAAUUGUAAUCCAAUAUUUGGCCAUGUUUUACAAUUUCCUUUGCUAGCUAGCUAGUUAGUUAGUUUCUGUAAUAAUAAAGGCAGGCUUGGCUUGCAAAGAAGAGAAAAUUGGCAAGCCACGGGAGAAAAAUAAUUUGAGAAACACUAUAUAUAUCAAAUUUGGGUUUUGC